AUGCUGGUGAUUUCCCUCUCCAUCGUUUUCUUAUCUUUCGUCGACUCGGCGCGGAUCCUUCUCUACAAUCCGGGCUUCGGGCACAGUCAUAUGCGAUUUAUGAGUAUGUUAGGCGAUAUGCUGAUGGAAGCUGGACACGAAAUUACCGAAAUCCGGCCACAAUUCGAAUCAAGUCUCGAAUUCGAUACGAAAACAAAAAAGGAGAAUAUUUACGAGUUUCCAGCACACAUAGAAGUUCUACGAUUGUUUGAGGAAGCUCACACGAAAGACGGUUUUUUGGGGAGGAUGUGGUACGUGGAUAUGAGUGCAAUGAGUAUGGCGAGGCAAGCGGAAAACAUGACAAAAAUGUUUGUGAAAAACUGCGAAAACCUUAUUGAGAAUACGGAUUUAAUCGCGAAAUUGAAACAAAAAACGUUCGAUAUUGGACUGAGUGAAGCUUUCUGCACGUGUGGACAUGGAAUCUUUGCCGCUCUUGGCCUAAAGACGAUUAUCAGUGCGUCGAGCAGCAAUCUAAUGGAUCAUCAAGCUAUUCUAUUGGGAGUGCCAAGGGUGCCGAGUUAUGUACCAGGUGGAAUCGGGAAUUCCCUAGAGAAGAUGUCGCUUCUCGAGCGUGCCGGAAACGCCAUCGGUUCCUACUUUGGUGCCGCUCUUUUCCUCGAGAUCGCCGACAAACAAACGGCAAUGUUUCGCAAGAAUUUCGGCGAAAACUUUGCAUCGACCAGGGAAACCAUCUCUCAAAGUGCGCUACUCUUUACCAAUUCGAAUCCUUUCGUCGAUUUCCCCGCCCCAACCAUUCACAAAGUUGUCCCAAUCGGCGGGAUACACAUUAAAACGCCGAAAAAGUUGAGCAAGGAAUGGGACACUAUUUUGAACAAAAAGAAGCGCACCGUUUUAAUCUCAUUCGGAUCAGUGGCAAAAUCAGUGGAAAUGCCCGACGAGAACAAGAAAUCGAUUCUCAAAAUGGUCACCACUAUGCCAGAUGUUCAAUUCAUUUGGAAGUACGAGGAUGACGAUUUAAACGACGAAGCACCCGAGAAUCUGAUGCUCUCAAAGUGGACACCACAAACCGAUUUACUCGCUGAUCCCCGUUUGAGUCUUUUCAUCACACACGGAGGUCUUGCCAGUACCACGGAAAUCGCUUUCAGUGGUGUCCCAGUUGUGGUGAUUCCUCUUUUCGCCGACCAAUCUCGAAACGGAUUGACCCUAUUCCGACAGGGAAUCGCGAAAAUCUUCAGCAAAUUUGACAUAAAGAACCCAGAAAAGCUGGGAGAAAUGGUGAAAAAUAUGCUUGAUGACCAGAGCUACUCCCAAAAAGCGAAGAGACUGUCGGAAUUGCUAAAGAAUACACCGUUUUCUCCGAAAGAGCUGCUGCUUCGAAAUAUGGAAUUUGUGACAAGAUUUGGUCCACUUCCACAAUUGGAUCCCCACGGAAGAAACCUUUCCUUCAUUGAAUAUUUCCUCCUUGAUGUCAUUUUCCUGAUUGUUCUAGCGCUUCUCUCAAUUGCUGGCUUGAUAAUAUUUAUGUUUAAAAAGCUGACUUCGAAAAUUUUUGGUAAAGCAAAAACCAAGAAGGAC